AGUAGCGAAGUUCGCAGCACAAACUCGAUUUUUUACUUUCGCUUUCUAUUUUACAAUAUUUCAUCCGCACUCGUCGCAGCUCGAGUGUAUCGCAUAAAAAACGCCAACUUGCACCCGGCACCUUGUGUUUUCCGCCCACUUCAGAGAUGAAAGAUACUCUGUUUUUCGUUCUGGUUUUAUUAAUCGCUACCAUCUCGCUCAAUCGUGGGGAGGCGGGCAGAUCGAUCAAGAUAAAGAAGCAAUGCCUGAAUCUUCUCGACUAUCCACGCACCGGCAGGUCCCCAAAGAUGACGGAGUUCACUAGAACGGACAGAGCUUCCGGCUUGAUUGCCUAUCCUCGAGUUGGACGCUCGGAUUCGUCCGAUUACGACGCCAUUCUCGAUCUCAAUUAUGACGAUAUGACCCAUGAGGUGAAACGGCAGGGUUUGAUACCUUUCCCACGUGUAGGCCGGUCUCGCGACGACGCCCGUCCGUCGUCCUACGUGAACGGGGCCUUGAAACUAGCGAAAGCCAAGCGAACGGGCGACGCCGUUUCGAGCGGUGGGAUGUGGUUUGGGCCUCGUUUGGGACGCCUCCACAGACGCGGUGAGGAGCCACAAGCGGAGGAUCAGCAAUGGGCCCGUUUGCCGAUACGAGAGUUUCAGGGCAGCGUGGAUGAAAAAUCGGAGAACCUUACGCCGAGGAGAUUAGUCGAGGAAUCGGACGGCGAGGAAGCUCAAAGUAUCUCGAACAACGGUGUCUACUAACUUAGUCUAAUUCGACCUGAUCUAAUCUGUAUUAUCUUUACUUAACGUAAUCUAAUUUUGGGGUGUAACGUAAGAAUAUAUCAUGUAUACCUUUAUGUGAUGUACGCUGUUUUUGCCCGACAAUUAUUGCCUAUCGAAAAGAAUGUUGAGCCUCGGCGCUAUCGAUGUACAAUAAAAUAUUAUGCACGAAAAGUUGAAAAUGAAUGAAAAAAGAAAAACAACAUCAAUGAUUAGAAAAAUCAACGUUCUCGGAU